AUGGCUCAUCCCAACGGCGAGGAGGAGGAUGGACACAGGAGAGAGAAAAUUAGGGCCAUCAUCGAACGAAUGGAUAAACUGGAGGCGGGAAAUGUCACAAUAAAAAAAUUCCUGGGCAUUUAUGAGUAUGCCGCACCGGAGCCAGAAAAGAUUGACAACAAAAUUAAAUCCUAUCAGGAAUUAUUUGCCAACUUCGAAGAGUUAACAGCAGAACUAAAAGGCCUCGAUACAGACAACCAGUACUACGACCGAUAUAACAUCAAGGGACAACGACUUAAGCUGCCGCAGUCGACGUUACCCUCCUUCAAUGGUGCCUAUGAAAAGUGGCUAACAUUCAAAGGAGAGUUCGGGUCGAUGAUUCACGAUCAAGACGAUGUCACGGACGUUGAUAAGCUCUCAUAUCUUCGUCGUGCACUGACGGGACCAGCAUUCGAUAAAAUAAAAAUGCUCCCAAUAACUGCCGAAAAUUAUGCCAGAGCUUGGAAAUUAUUAGAUGCGACCUACUCAGAUCAGCGCCUCAUCAUCUCAAGACACCUGAAUCUUCUAAUGAAUUUACCAAAGCAAGAACAUGAGACCUCCAAAGGGCUCUCACAACUCAUGGACGAUACACGCCAACAUUACGAAAUGUUGAAGGUAAUGGGGGUUGAGUUGUCAGAAGAAAUAAUCGUGACGAUUUUAGAAAACAAACUCCACCGCUCCACUGCCGACGAUUGGGAUGAAACGAUUCCCAAAGGGACAUUCCCAGCACUCAGCGAUUUACUGAACUUUUUAUCACGCAGAGCAAGCCGUCUUGCCAUUCGACACAUCAAUAAGGUCUCGUCUGAAAUAAACCAGCAUCUUGAACCAACCAGAUUUUCGUCCACUCAGAACCAUUUCAAUGUUAAGAAAAAUGACAAACGCACCUACGCCCAAGCCUUCAUCACCAACACCUCCUCCGCCUGCUCGCAUUGUAGGAAGGAACCACAUCCGCUUUUCAUGUGUGCAGAGUUCAAGAGUCUACCAGCUAGCAAACGGUUAAAGGUGGCACGAGAGCAGUCAUACUGCAUCAAUUGCCUUCGCAACAACCAUCAAGUCGCUGAAUGCUACUCUCCAAGGAACUGUCGACUCUGCGAAGAAAGGCACAAUACGUCGUUACAUCAUGCACUCCUUGCGGAGAAAACUCCACAAGCAACGAAAGGUAUGUCUAGCCAGUCACAAUCCAUCAAAGAUCAGUCUCCAUCAAUCUUACAGUUGCCUACAAAACAGAUCAGUUUUAUUGCCCAUCCCCCCAGCGAUCAAAUAGUGCUCAGCGCGAUGGUUGAUAUCCUAGAUCAAAACAAACGACCGAUAAAAUGCCGAGUUCUACUAGAUACCGCCUCCACAGCAAACUUCAUCACUGAAAGACUAGCCGAACAAUUAAAACUCCCUAAGUUGAAAUACUCAGUACCUGUCAGUGCUCUCAAUGGUCUAGCGACCCACACCAGACAUUUAAUAACUGCAACCAUCCAAUCAACCAACAAAAAAUACGAAACAGAGGUGCAAUGUCUGACAAUUCCUGUUAUCUCACACCUCAUUCCAACCCAACCGAUCCCACGAAACAUCUUUAGUUUGCCAUCAAAGAUCCAGCUGGCUGAUCCGGAAUUUUUCAAGCCUAGGCCUAUCGAUAUGUUGCUUGGUUCAGCUCCCAGUCUGGACCUGUUCACAACUGGCCAAUACCAGAUAGCUGGAAAGCAGGGAUCCAACAUUAUCCUGCAAAAAACACGUCUAGGUUGGGUGAUCGGAGGUAGUCUAUCUCCAACGCUACCUCACAAAAGACACCAAGCAUUCAACACACAAAUUGCCACAGAUCUGCGAAGAUUUUUGGAAAUUGAAGAGGGACCCACGAGGAAACUCUCCUCGCCAGAAGAACUAUCAGCUGAAGAACAUUUCCAGCAACACCAUUACAGAACAAGCACUGGCCGUGACUCAGUUGCAUUACCGUUCAGAUCGACUCCACCAGGAUUGGGGGAAUCUAGGGAGACUGCCCUCAAACGUUUACAUUCAUUGGAAGGAAGACUGAACAAAAACCCUGACCUGAAUCAAGAAUAUCGCGCCGUAAUUAGAGAAUACCUCUCACUUCAGCACAUGACCAAGACAACAGAUAUUGAGUCCCCCGGAUACUACCUACCACAUCAUGCAGUCAUCAAGGAGAGCAGCAUGACAACCAAGGUGCGAGUGGUGUUCGACGGAUCAUCAAGGACAUCAAAUGGCAUUUCACUGAACGAAACCCUCAUGAUCGGACCUACUAUACAGGAUGAUUUAUUUUCUUUGAUUUUGCGAUUCAGAUGCCACCAGUAUGUCUUAACAGGAGAUAUAGAGAAAAUGUAUCGCCAAUUCCUCAUUCAUCCCGACGAUCGCAAAUACCAGAGAAUCCUCUGGAAAGAUGAGGAGGGAGAUAUCGCCACCUAUGAGCUCAACACAGUCACCUUCGGACUAUCAGCCGCCCCCUUUUUGGCCAUUCGGUGUCUUCAACAACUCGCUCGAGACGAAGCAUGGACUUACCCUAUCGCCUCAAGGAUCCUACAAGAGGAUAUGUAUGUCGACGACCUAUUAACUGGGUUCAAUUAUGUUGAAGACGCUCAACUCGCCCAAGUUGAAAUUACACAACUACUACUGAAGGGCGGCUUGAACAUUCGCCAAUGGGCCUCCAAUGAUGCAGCAGUGCUACGAGAAGUACCACCUGAGCACAUCAACCAGCAUCUACAACUGGACAGUGAUAAAACAAUUAAAACACUAGGCAUCUCAUGGAAUUCAGAAGUCGAUGCCAUCCAAUACAAAACAAAACCAAUAACUUUAACUAACACAAUAACAAAACGAAACAUUUCAUCCACAGUACCAUCAAUCUUUGACCCAUUAGGCCUGCUCGGCCCAGUCAUAUUGAAGGCAAAAAACAUCAUUCAGCAACUCUGGUCCGCCAAGGUGGACUGGGACGAAUCAAUAACGUUCAGUAUUCGAACACUCUGGAUCGAUUUGUGUACUGAGUUCCCUUUAAUCAACGACCUUCAAUUUGAUAGGAAGGUCAUAAUCAAAAACAAACAACAAAUUCAAUUACACGGGUUCUGCGACGCGAGCAAUGUGGGUUACGGAGCCUGUAUUUAUAUAAAAUCUAUUGACCCACAAGGAUCGAGUCAAGUCAAUUUGCUGUGCUCAAGGUCUAGAGUAGCAUCGCUUCAAAGCCCAGUUCGAACUCCGCGACUCGAACUACAUUCAGCAAAAAACAAUGAACUCGAAUGGCGGCUGCGAAUGGAAAUAUGUAACCUUUGGCAGCAUGGCCCAAGUUGGCUGCAAGAAACACUAGACCACUGGCCACAGCAGCCCAUCAUUCAAAACCCCACUGAUGACAGUGAGAAAAAACAAAUAAUCUGCCUACACACCACACUUGAUCAUUCACUAUUCAAAAAUUUUAACUCUUUCACCAAACUAAUACGCACAUUUGCCUAUUGUUUUAGACUAAUCGAUGUUGUCAAAAGGAGACGACGCUGGCAAGGGCAACUCUCAGCCAUAGAACUACAAAAGACACGAGACCGUCUGCUUCAACUUGUCCAAUCUUCUGUCUUCUCCACGGAACUUCAACAACUUAAACUAUCAACCGAAACUGGGAAACCACACCACCAUAAACUGAGUCAGCUCAACCCAAGCCUUGACGAAAAUGGUCUUUCGCGUGUAGGAGGAAGAUUGAAUAGAGCCGAGCUAACAGCUACCCAGAAGCAUCCAAUCAUCCUCCCCAAGAAUCACAUUAUCACAGACCUCAUCAUCCAAGAAGAACAUCUCAAAAAUUUCCACUCAGGCGUCCAAGGAACCCUCUACAACACCAGACAAUCUUACUGGAUACUAGAUGGCCGAAAUCAAAUCCGACGUGUUAUCCGCAAAUGUAUCACAUGUGUCAGAGCGAAUCCACCACCGACCAACUAUCUGAUGGGACACCUUCCUUUUCUCAACUGUGUCGUUUUCUACAGAGUUAGACGAUACAGGCGCUAG